AUGACCCAGCCACUUCGUGUACCAGCGAUGCUGGGUGGCGAAUCCCUUAAGAAGAGUGAACAUAUUAAGCCAGAACAUAAAGAACUGCAUAAAGCGCCGAGCAAGACAGCUUCUAGCGCAGGUGGGUCAGGUGUUAACGUCGAGUUGCCACCGCAGGCCCGCCCAGUCGGAGAGCACAGAUCGAGCUCGUCAGCGAUUCCAUUGAAUAGUUCAUGCACACAAUGGGACAAGAGCAAUGCUGUGGCCCCCUCUCCGCACGUGUGCUCCAUAUUCGUGGCAGACAUGGACAGGCUCUGUGGUGGCCUGCCGGUUCUCUAUCGUUACAGCGCGCAUGGUAUUCUGCCUGCUUAUCUCCUUUCCAUCAGCCCACGAACGAGGCAAGCCGUCGUUCGAGUCCCGUCGGCGUAUAAUGCAGAGUUGCUGGAGCUCUUUGUGACUGUUCCGACGAGCGCGUUGAUGCUUGUGCCUCACUUUCGACAGGGUGGCCUCGUCGGGACACUUGGGACGCUGGCCUACUCUGCCUAUUUGAAGGAGACCAAGCUCCCUCGUGACUUGCUGCAAUCCUCCGUGGCUGCUGAUAGUGGCAUGGCAGUCAGAAUUGUAGAGGAAACAGAGUCUGCUGCGAAGACCAUAUGCCAGACUCUUCAGACCGCAGAAACGAAUCUGGUCCAGAAGCUGGUUGUUCCACCGCGAUGCAAUCAGGCGUUUCUGGGCGCCUUGACACCGACUGAGCUGUCACACAUGGGCAUAAGGCAGCCAGGAUACGAUGUCGCAGACGAUGAGCCCACAGAAGCUUCGGGAAUACUUGACACAGAGUACAGCGAUGUGGUUUCAGAAGUAUCGGCUUCCCUUAGUGGCGGUGCUAAGAAUCAUGCAAGGAAGCCACUGGUUAUUUGCAUAGGUGAUCUUUACUUUUCACGGUACAAUCCUCUUUUCCACCACAAAGCUUAUACAUGCUUAAGUGACCUCGUAGACCGUGAGCUCAGGCGACUGAGAUUCCCUGAUGGCUCUGAUCUGGUGGGACUGAAGAAACGUCUCUUGAAGAACCUUUCAGAGGAAUACCUUCUUUCGUUGACGGCAGUGAAAAACGCUUUGGACAUGUCAACAACGAAGAAUGCAUUUGUCUGUGAUACGCUCUUAUUACAAUCAGGUCUUAGCCUGUUUGCAACCUGCGCUCAAGAUAAUCUUGUGGACAUCGGAGACCUCUAUCAACGAGUAUCCUGUAAUUGCGAUGCACUCCUGAAGCAUCUUGAAGAUGAUUAUGACCGUGCAAUCAACAAAUCUAAUAGUAGAGAACGAUUCAGAACUUGUUACGCUGCCCUAACUUCGUCCACCAAGUUUGAAAAGCAAUUCCAGAGAAUUCUAAACAAAUACCUUGCAGUUCUUCUUCCAAAGAUACAUCUAUUUGUAUUGUCUUUGGGAUCCAUCGGAGACACCGACCUUCACACCCUGAUCGAUGCCCUCAUUUGUAUAUUCCAGUUCCUUGAGACUAACUCGCUACAGACACAUCCGUUUUAUAAUAUCGUUCCUUUCCUAGAUAGUCUUCGGGAAGAAGUAGUGGAUCUAGUGGUUCUAUUCUCAGACUGCUUGGUACCAUCCACCUAUGUGGACUUUAUACACUUUGUUCUAGGGUCUAACCUUUACAAUCUAAUAUGUACUACUAAAGAUUUAUCGUCUAAUUCCAGGAUUGCAAGUGCUAUUGCCUCAUUGAUUAAGGAAGAGCAGCUACCCACUUACAAAACAGAACUGAUUGUGCGAUUAAAAAAGGCAGUGGUAUCGUCUAGAAAUAGACAAAAGAGAGGAGUGAAGCUCAGGAAGGCUCAGUUCUACACACAUCUGAAUAAGUUCCUUGUAGAGCGGCUCUUGUCCUCUGUUGCCUGCAUCAUGUGUGAGGAGUACGUUCGAACGAUGCGAGCAAACGAAGCACAGCAGUCCACAUUGAGAUGCCCGGAGGAUAUCAUAAAGGUCUAUAUGCUCUUUGUGCGCAUCCUAGCCAAUAUUUGCGCAGAUGAAUACGCAGAUGCAGCAUUGAAGUGGCAGACAGACAUGCUCGAAUACAUGGACGUCAUGAGCGGCAGAGCAGUUUCCGAUCAACGACCUUUGGCUCAUCCCGAUGGGCUCGUCAAGAGUUCACUUCUGGAGCGCCUUGAAACACUAGGAUUAUUUCCAGUUGAUGAGGAGCAGGACACCCUUGCCAACGUACUGCAAAUUGAACUGGAUUUUGUAGCAGAUAUCAACCAGAGUAAGACAGACAUAACGGGAUUGUACACCAAUCCGCCUCCUGAGGCAAUUAUCGAUUCUCUCCGUGAGCUAUUUUUCUGUGCACUCGAUAGCUCAAACUAUCUCUACAUAAUUAUCAAGGAGUUCUUUAAAACCUACGUUGCAAGAGGCAUUAUCCCUAGGGACGAUCUGGUCUUCUUAUCAGCAGAUGUGGGUUCCACAAAGGUGCUUGAAGAAUAUAGGGCGCUUGAGGCACAGAUUUUAGCUCCAUUGAGGAGUGCACCACUAGAUAAGAUUAUCUCAAGCACACUCACGAAAGUGCAGCAAGAGGCCCAGGCCAAGAAGACGCCGUUCAUAAGUGCUCCAGGUUGGAAAGGCGCACAUGGUGCCAAUAUGGUUAGUGUCUCUCAGCAAAGACCACGUUCUACAAACGAUGUAGAUCUGGCUAAGGAGAUUUUCUCUGCAUAUUCUGGGCUUAUUUCAGAGACAGAUAUGUUGGAGUAUACACGACUUAGCAAGACAGACUCCCAGUUAAUUGCUGGGCUCUUGGCUCGCCGAAAGGCUCUUCUUGCUGAGUGGGUAGAGACAAUCUUCCAAUAUCAACUAGAUCACGAAAACCAAUCCUACCAAAAGGUAGCCCUGACUAAUGAUGACAUCUAUGGAUGCAAGCCGUUUCUAGAUAUGUGCUCGGAGUGUGAUCAUAAGAUUUCUGUGUCUCCAGCUUCAGAGCCUACUAAAGGACUUUUUGGAGAUCUAUUCGACUCGCUUAUUGGCGUCAUACGGCUAGCAUGUGAUAUUCUUAUUGAUGAGGUUGGGCUUAAAGAGUUGCGGAAGCUUGCAGAUAAAACCGUUCUUCAGCAGACCUGCCCUAUCCUCGAAGCCCCGCAACCAAUAUCUCUUCCACCACAGAUUAUAUUUAAUUUAGAUAUUGGUGGUUAUAAUUUGCUAUUUUUGUCCAGAGAUGAUGUUGCCGCUAUAGAUGUUUCAAAGACCCAAGGAGUCAGUCUUAAGACUGAAAUCCAAGACAGUUCGGAAGACGCAUUAGUGGUAUAUAGUGUAGAAGGUGUAGAAAGUACUACUGAUCCUAGUGCCGAUUCCUUGCAGCCUCGGCUAUUGACGUUCAACGAUGUUGAAAUAUUACUACAUCAGAAGCCCUCGGUUCUAAUGAAGCUCGUUCACAAUGCUACUAUCCUAACAUCUAAAAUAGAUAAUUUUCUUCUCAAUCAUAUUAUAUCGCUUCCUUCGCUAAUUGGGAAUAAGGUUAUUCGAUUUAACAACCUGCAGUUCAAGGCAGCAGUCAUCAAGGCCAUGUGUACCCUUCGCAGGACUGUAGCUGAUCAUACCCAUCUCAUAGUGAGAACGGUUACUUCGCAUCUCUUUCGAAUAGUCGUUUUGACAGAGUCUAUCAUGGGGAAAGAACCCAAGUCUCCGGAUGACCUUGCCUUAAUGAUCAAUGGCCUCGAAUGUUACGACAAUUUUGUAAAGUCGUGGAUACCAACAGGUCUAGUAUUGGUGGAUCUGCUUAUGGAAAUGCGUCUUCUAGAAAGCGGGUAUUUGGACUUUCUUUCUGUUCAAGUGGCUAAGCCUGCUCCCGAUGCUUCUUGUGUAUGGGGAUCCUUUUCGGCUUUAUACAGUAGUGAGAGCAGCGCACCUGUACAGAAUAACACACUAGAAGAUGGCUCAGGCACAGAUGUGCAAUCUAUUCGAGCGGACUGUAAUCCCCAUACAGAGCAAGUAUGCACUAAUACACCAGAUAAUGUUCCUAACGAUGUUCUGCCUCCACUGUCUGCAGAUCUGCUUUCUUGCUUCGCAGCGGUUGACCCUUCUGCACCCGCCUCUGAUGCUACUAACGAUUCUGAGUUUGCUGUCACACUAGACUACUUCAACAAUGCUCCCCACCGAUCGUUCAAUGUACACGCUCUAUUAGUUAAAAUUUUUAAGAUAACAGGUCUUCAGAAGAUUGCACGGCACAUAAUAAAAUCUCACACACGUACAUUUGCAAGGCACCUACUAAAGUUAAGUGAUUGGGUCUCUGAUACAACAGUACUGCUACAUGAAUACUGCAAGGAGGUACUGCGGAUGAGCUAUCGGGACAUCUUCAUAGCACGGUUCUACCCUCGCCAAUUCAAGCAGUCCUUUUUCUUCCUUACAAAAGAUUUGAAUAUAUCCUUCCUCGACGAUAACUUCGAGGUUUUAGAAGAUGAGCUUGUUAUGGAAUUUCUUGAGUCAAUCCAGGCUUACGUUAAAGGGUUUCAGCUGCUCCGUUCCCCAGUUGAGCGGUCUCGUCUCCGCAUGACACAACCAUUGACACGUGCAACCAUUCGCACAGCUGCUAUCCAGGACUCUCUGCAUUCUGGCCCCCAUAGUCGUCGAUUUAUGGCUCAAUACUUUCGCCCAGCCGAAGCUAUGCUUAUCCGUAACGUUACAAGCAGCGACGAGUCUACUCUUGACAUAAAUGAUGCAGAGUUAUUCAAACUAACUUUUAAUCAAGAAGGAGGACCAUCCAGUUCCUCUGCUAAUGAACUGGCUCAAGCAUUAACAGAAAGCACUUGCGACACACGCCCUCUCUCAGCAUCUUCGGCACCUCUUAAAAUUGCAGAUUUAAGAACCGCAUGCGAUACUGAAGAAAACGCAACUUCCCUAGCAGAAUGUCCGAAUCUAUUCUAUAACGUAUUUGAAAUUUUCAAUGAGCUACUGUACAUAAGCGACGUGCUGCAUCAAAUCCAUCAAGUGGCUCUCCGCUGGGCCGACUGCCUCGGAGUGACACUUAAUUUGGCGGACAAUCCGAAUGAGAUUGUAUCCAUCAUUCAUCCCGCAUCUGUACUCAUUACUUCACUGUAUAGCAUAAAGCAGCGGUACUUACAUCUGCAAACAAUCCUCCUGAAAGAUACCAACGUUCAAGAUUUCAUGACCCUUUUGUCUGAAGCCGCUCAGGCCAUCGUUAUAGGAAAGCAGAAUCCCUCUUUUCGUCUCUGGGCAGACACCAUUCAAGCCGCUGAGGCAGACUUACUAACGCUGGGCCCCAAGGUUUUCUACUUGCACUGCCUUAGUUCCCCUACCCUCAUGGCUGCUGACUUCAAACAGCUGGCUGAGGAACUUUCGCUUCCCCUCACAGAAGAUAAGUUGAUUCCAAAUGCCCAACUUCUCGACAUUUCUGAUUUUGAUUAUGCACUUCGUUUGGCCAGAAUGAUCUUUACUCGAGCGGAAAAGAGCACACAGACGCUUCUGCAGCUGGCCGAAAUCGAUACCUUUCUUCAGAACCUUCAGAUCUUCCCCUGCGAACUUGUUAUCCACAUCAAUCUGUCUAAUGAGCUAGGGGUACUGUUUAAUAAAUGGCAGAACUCCGACUCCAUGGCUACUCUAGAAGAGGAUCAACAGAAUCAGGACUUAGACGAGCCCCAGACGGCACCAAUUCAGCUAUCUGCUGUUCCACCUCGUGGGACCAGUCGUCGUGGAAGCAAGCUAAGUCUGGCUCUGUCGGCUCAGCCCAACAACGAGCCUGAUGAUAAGAAUAAGCAGAAUGCCUCCAGUUCUUCCUCCAAUGCGCCAAAAGGUCCCAAAGCCCGUGCAUUUUCACGUCUUAGUUCUCUCAAACUAAAUGUGGACGAAUUAUCAACUGCGGAAGAAACACCUGAAACAUCUGGUAUUAUAAUAUCCCACUGGAGUUCGGGCUCAAAGGAAAAUUUGCUUGCAAGUACCUCCGGUGCCCCGACCUCCACUGCAGGCUCCAUGACACCUAAUAGUAUGCUCUCGCACGCAAGCAAAACUGUGCUACCUUUCAUCCAGGUACACUCGGGGUUGCUGAAAGUCAUUCGGGAGGCCCUUUUUUUCGUGGCUGACAUCCUUUCUCGUAAGCACCCUCAUACAGUCCAGGCAAGAGCUCGCCAACUGGAGGUACAGCUUCUUCUCUUGCGCAGCGCACUUAUCUCUAUUAGUCGGGUUUCUAUGCUGCUCCCUGAACUCCUAUAUAUUCUACCUCGACUAACCAUUGUCAGGAACGGGGUUCAAGAUAUGUCCUUUCUUAGCUUGUAUAAUGAUUUUGGAGACUACAAACGGACCAUUUUUAACACCCUAAACGUCCUCCGUGAAGCAAACAAGCUAUCUAGUGUGAACCCUGGUCCGGGAUCGUUUCUGGCGUUGAUCACUGGCAAGCCUCAGUUAUUCACACAGCUUGCCCACUGCACACAUGACUUAAGUAGCAUUCUAGAAAAUGUAUACACGCAUGUGUUAUCUAUUCCGAUGAUUCCUCAUUACAACGGUAAGCCUGUGGCCUGUGCCCUUCUUCUUCCAAAGAUUCCCUCCAUCUUCUAUAGCAUCUUUUCUCUCCAAGAAAAUCUCAACACACUAUACUACUGCCCUGCAGUCUAUCAGUCAGUGCUCCCUAACUUUGAUCGCGUACUCCUGGGCAACCCCAGGAAUAUGAGCUACUGUGAGGUAGGAUUCAAUAAGAAGUCUAGUAUGCACGCGCUUCCUCAUCUUAGCCCUUCCGAUAUCAUCAUUGUUGGUUUAGAAUCAGGUUUUGAGCGUCUGUAUUUUGAGUAUGGACUCAGAGCACCGCAAGAACUUUUCCUUCUUUCUGGAAUGCUAAAUGAUAUGCGGCUCCAUCGAGAGGGUCUGCUUCGCGAACACAAGCGAGCGGUUCUUCUUCUUAUAUCUCUCAGGAUCUCUGAGCUUCUCUGCCAGUGUCUCUACCAGAGCAUAAUCUAUGCACUGACUGUUGUCUUUUGCCUACACCUGGAUGGGAAUGUUGACCACUUCUUUACUUUGAAGUUUACCAUUUUCGAGCAGCUAAAGCGUCACUUGGUAAGCCCAGAACUCCACGACAGCUUAGAGCAAAAGGUUGACUAUACCUUGCUUUCGUCAGAUUACAAAAUACCCGAGACUUAUAUCAAUACCAUCCGCCGAGAGCUUUUCGGGUUGACAGGGCCGAUGUCUAAUGAUGAUGAGCUAUUGGCAAAGAGCGUAGAGAAGGUUGCCAAAAUACAGUACUACAAACAGCGGCGCUGUCAAAGAUACCUUUGCUUCAAGGCAAUUGCUGCCCGUGUCUUCGAAUACGAUCAGCUUUUAAACCUCAUUAUACACCAAACAAUAGAAUACUAUAAUGACCACUAUGCAGAUGCAGAGAUUGCUGCGUUAAAGGGAUCUCGCAAGAAGGCAAAGAGUAUAAGGAUUGAGGCCAUCUCACAGCCGGACUUUGCAAAGGCGUUAUCGAUGGAAACAAUUUCCAAACUUCGAGAGAUCUUUGUGCAGAUCCAUCACUCAAAAAUACAUCGGUCCAUACUAACGAGCGCUGGAUGCAGUCUUAAUGUGGAGACAAAUAAGAUUUUAAGUAGCCUUGCUUAUGGGUUCAUUUCUUCCUCCGUGCUAAGAGACGACACUACAGAUGCAUUCAUCAAACCAUCCCAGAUGUCUUCUGCUCCUCCGACAAGGGUAAUGAUGACUGCAGAGGAUGCCACUCUUCGGUGUGCGACACGGGGCUUUGGAAAGGCAGCAGUCAAUAUUGUUAACUCUGCCGCCAGUGCUUCUAGAGCAAGAGAUUCAGAAGAAAAGGUCUCCGUGGAUUCUCACAGGACUACAGGGUCUAUAACAUUUACACAGGAUUGCAAGCUCUUUGUGGGGUCAUCCAUGGUCAAUCUGGGCCCACACUAUCUGGGAAAGGCGACUAUCUUGGAUUCUUUGCCGCUUAACUAUAAGCAGCUAGCCGUCGUUGCUAAGAUAAUAGUGGGGUUUGUUCAGCGCAAGCCUAUAUUCAUCUACUCUGACAAGCUGCGUGGAUACAACCUUCUAGAUACUAAGAUCAUAGCACAAUACACCAGUCGAUUACUCUGUACGCGGCACAUCUUUCUCUCGCUGACCAGUUAUUCCCCAGCGAACCUUAUAAUUCUUCAGAUUAUCUCCUAUUUCAUGGCUGGAUACGGGGUCUACCUGCAUGGCCUGGAGUUUUUAUCAACAGAGCACCAUGCGCGCUUGAUUGACUGCUUCAACACCAUAUACCUUGCUCGGGGGAGCUUUCCGAUUGUCAAGUACCAGAGCGGUGGAUCGGUACCAGGAGAGCUUGCUCUGAAUGACUUUUCAACAUGCAUGUUCACAGGGUACAUCGUCAUCAUCCUUCCUGAACUCAUAUAUCAUGAAGAUGGAUCGAUUAGCCUCUCGACAACUGGUCGUAAUAUGAAUAGCCUAUUCAACCAGGCAAAAAUAGAAGCUUUUCUUGACAGUUUUGGUUCUAGUUUGGCCACUUCUGCCACCAAAUUGAACACCCUCCUUACAGGGGCUCUUUGCAAUCUUUCCGUGUCUUUACCAACUGGCAGCAGGCAGCCCCCAGGUACGCGGUUGACUAAUGAACGCGGUGACUUACCGGAAGGAAAGCCCCGCUGUAAGAUUAUGGCGCAGCUGUAUGGGGCCAUUCUUACGGAUUUUCUCGGAAUUGUACACUUUGACCCUACACUUGUGCGGACUACCUUCAAGUGUCUUCCUAACGCUGAGGUCUUGAUGCCUAUCCCAAGCAACCACGUUCUUUACCACCUCUUUAAGAAGAAGGGGGAAGCUCACGCAGAGUCCUUCUAUGAGAUAUCUCUCCUUCUCAAUGCCAUGCAGAGCGCGUGUCCAAAACUGUAUCCAGACGAUAUUGAUAUCAUAUAUAAACGAGCUCGUGACACGACAAACACUUUCAGUGUGGCCAUUACUACUGCUCUUUUGCUGAUUGGACAGGUCUAUUCCCUCUCAAUAAGGGAUUUUCUUAUCAAGGUAGUUGCCUUUGCCUUUCGACUCACAAGUGCUCAAGUCAGCCACAUUCACAAGAUAGUCGCUAGCCUAAACAAGUUACUUAAUCUUAGUACUGAAGAACCCGUCCUCAAGAAGGCUCUAGCGCGUGAUAUACCUGCAUCUCGGUCACAUGUAUAUGAUACUUCAGCAGACCACAGUACCGCGCAGAAGCAAGAUAAGCAGCAUGAUAGUGAGCAGGAAGAUAACCAACUUACUAAUGUUCAGGCUGAAGCAGACACUUUUAAGAUAAAUUAUACCAGAAGCCCAACUGCCUCAUUGAGCCAGAACAUCUGGGCUUGCAUCAAGCAAACAUUAUCAUCACAGUAUGUACAGUUCUGCGAGGCAGCAUCAGAGCAGGUCAAUAUAAUAGGUCCUCUGGGCACAGAUCUGCUUCUCGUCUGCCUGGAGUUUCUACAAUUAGGACCUUGCGCCCUUUUCUCAAACAAUCAGAGCGUACAAGUGCUAGAGUGUUAUGCAACAAUACUCUCCAAAUUUGGACGCUUGCAGCCCUUCUUUGUCCAUUCCAUCAACGACUUACAUCACCACAGUGAUACUAUUCGCCGUUUGGGGUCAUCUGCUCUUGUUGUUCUUCUUAUCAAUGAUACAACAGGGAAUCUGGGACCGAGCCUGUAUGGCGCCUUGUUAGCGUUUAUGAACCCAGUACCACACCUCUCGAUGACGAAUGGAGUAGAGCUAGAUUGCGAGUUGUCGGCAAUGUUCAAUGCUUCUCACACUGGAGACUCUCUUGUCAGUAAGUAUGGACGCCCUAAGGUUCUAGUUAUCACCACAGGAUCAUUUUUGGAGGACAAAAUGUUGGCCACACCAAUGGGGUUGAUCCCUCACCGAAUCGUCAUAGACUCGUCCGUCAUGCGUACAGAGGCCCUUAUUAAAUUGCUUGUGCUAAACUCUUUUAAGCUAUCUUCUGCUACUGCCAAUCACAUGCUUGACUAUAUUCACGAAAAGAUGACUCAAUGCACCAUAGACAAUAUUGAAAACCUAGACACGGCAAAGGAGUACUUCCGUAAGAUGUGCACACCACCGUGUACAGAUGAGGCGUCGGCCCUGCAGAUGGGCCUGCGACGACUACGAUUUAUUAGCAGUUUGUUCUAUAUCUUAGUAUUACAUUAUUUCGACCAAGCAACAGCGGUCUUUUCGAUGGCGCCAGACCUGCGGGGCUGGAGGAUCCUUCGCAGCACAUUCUACUACUAUCUUGUUUGCUGCAAGGUAUGUGUGUUCAAGCCCCCAGAUGUGCGCUCGUUCACAGCAGAGCAACUAGCAGAACGAUUGGUGGCUACCAAUCAGCAGCUAACACGUAAGCCUCAGCACCAGUCUUCUAUUACUACUCAAAGCAAACCGCCAGCCCUUCAAAGCCCGUCAAGCAAGGGCCUCGGAGGCAUCAGUUCAAGACGUGGAGAUGCAGGUACUGUCGCCAGCUGCAAUACUAACAGAACUGCGCGAUUAACCAACCUGAUCAAUCCUUCCUUAUCCUCGUUAUCCACACGACAUGACCUUACCAUUAUCCCAAGGACACCUAGCAUGAAGAGCCCAACUACGCAAACAGACCCUUCAAAGACUCCAAAAGGGACCAACAUGGAUCUGAUGAAUAGUCUAAAACCAGAGGCUGAGCUUCAGUUUUCGGCACAUACAACGAUCAAUCUGUCGCAUGUUUGGUGUGCCGAGCAUAUUGGCUCAUUCUCCAGCGCUUUGGCCAUGUUUGGAGAGCGCCGAUUUACCUUCUUUGAUAUUUCUCUGUCGGAUGAGUUCCUUAUAGAGUAUGUUUAUAGGGCCGAAUCUUAUGAGCAGGCAUGUUUCAAUCUCCUAUGUCCUGUCUUCGCUGCUGUCUGGACUAGCGUGUCUUUGGCAUACGUUCAGUACAUAAGAGGGAAAGUGCACAGGCUCUCUAAACUCUGGAUGAAGUACCUUAGCUUUCACAGCAAGCAUACCAUCCCCCUUCUUCUCAGUAGGUUCUCUAAUGACAAGCUUCUUCAGAAGAGCCUGGAGGUGUGUCUUACGCACAUUGAAGAGACGCUACCGCCAGAGUAUCCUUACGAGCAACAUAAGUAUGCAUACUUGGCGGUUGUAACUGAGAAAGGAUCAUACAUGCAGUACACCUCUGCAAACAGGGCACAUGGAAAUAUGCCUAACAAGCGAUCAACAAACCCUAUACUGAAGUCAGCAAAGCACAAACGUGAUGGCAAUGCAAGUGCCGGGGCUGUAGUUCCUCCGUUGACGACAGGCCCUCUUGCUAAGCAAUCCUCUCGCACAUCUUCAGCUAUAAAAGAGCAGACAAACCACUACACUUAUCUAAAGUUUCUUCCUUACAAGUUUGGCCAGAGUUUGAUGACCAGCUCUCAGACGGACAACUAUCUGAAGCCGACAUCUGUACACAAGCUUGCUCUACACUUUGACAUGCUUCGCUCUCAGCUUAUUUUCUUCAUUGCAAUCUGCAUUCUGGGCGGUGUCUCCGUCCACCUGCUCGGUCCUCGUUAUUCUGGAAAGACAACGCUGAUUCAAGCUGCACAUGCUCUCAUCCAUGAAUAUUCUGUGAUGCAGCUCUACCUACCCAGCAGUUGUGAGGAAAAUAAGAUCUUUUUGGCAGAUGCAGCCCGUGAAUUGUAUCUGACCAACGGCAACGAACUCAGGUUUCCAGGCCGACAGAUCCUCCAUAUGCACUUUACCGUUCUUUUUCUAGACAAUGGCAAGUUUGAGCAGGCCCAAGAAAGUGUGCUCGACGAGCUUACAAAGCACGCCGGUCUAGAUAUAGUCGCUCUUUUCCUGGGAGAACGUGUUCUCUCUCUCAAUUCUCCCGGCAAUAUAUCAAUAUCUCCAGAGGGCGAUAGUCACCAAUCCCUCUUAGGAACCGUUGACGCACCAACCCUUUCUAUUACCUUUGAGAGCGAAUUUUAUCCACCGCAACUCCAGUGCAGCCAACUAAUUAACAUAGUGGUUCCUGACACUGGACGCGCUUUCCUGAUUGAUCUCUUGCUAAACCAAAGACGAUAUCUCGACAUCUCCUCCAUACUUACUAGAGUGUAUCCCGGAUUAAAUUGCCAAGAAGAAGCUAGUGCUAAUGAAACUACGAAGAUAGCUCCUGGAUUCAACUUGACCACAGAUCAAGCCAUAACUUCAUUAAAUGAGCUUUCUGCCACAUGGAUCAAGCAACUCAUUGACGGUCUCUUGCUCGUAAAAGAUCAAAUACCUGUAAGCCUUCUUCGCCUGCUUGCAGAGAUGAAACGGCUCAGCAUUUUCUCCACAGAUCAAGUCCAGGACAUCCAAAUGCGGCUUUUUACUGCGUCUUCUGUCUUCUUGGCGCUUCGUUUCAUUUCUGAAAUCACAGCCCCAACCAUAAUCAACAUUAUAGAUGCCCUACGUGGAUCACUCGCUAUGGGCAAGCUGAGUCCAAUCGGUCCCUGGGGUAUUCUUACUAGCUCUGAUACGGCUGCUUUUGCAAAGGCUAAUAAGCUAUUAGAACUCUGCGGGGUAACAAAGUUACAAAUGGAGCUGUCAUGGGAAACCGAAACUCUUCGAAUUGCGCGCGAAAACUCGCAGAUCCUGGAAGACUCAGAAGCGUCUGACAGUGACACAGUCAUAGAUGGUACCUGUGAUACAUCUGAAGCAAGCAACGAUCAAAGUCUUUCGGAGGUGGCAGGGUCCUAUUCUUCCUUUAAACCUCACCUUCGUCAGCCUCCAGCAAUUUUACGAGUAGAUGGCCCCAAACCAGAAAAACAGUCACAAAAAACCGCAACAGAUCCGUCCUUAACAAAGUUUGAGGAGAGCUGCGUUGUGCCAUCUCUGUGUGUGCAGAUGCGGGGCUACAUAGAAAUGCGGAAGAAGCUAAAGAUUCUUCUCGGAUUAAAAGCUUUCAGAGGCGUGAAAAUAAGCUCCCAGACAUCUCUAGGAUUAAGACAGAGUAGUAGUGAAGUCUUCAAGGCGUAUAUUCACGCCUUCACCAAGUAUGUAGUGACAAGGUGUUCACCAGGCUUGGCCAACAGAAUUUUCACCGUGCACCUAACCAUUCAAUAUGAUCUAGAGCUGCGUGAGAAAAGCGUCUUAAUGAUGCUCCAAAGCCUGCGCAAUCCACACGGGUUCCGAAAGCAGCAUGGAGAUAGUGCACUGGAAUACUUCUCCCGGCUACAGCUGGAUAUAAUUACCACAAUUCUUCGAAAGCAAGAUAUUAGCAGCUCUCUACUAGAUAUUGUUCUUAUGCUGGCUUCGUUUGGGGGCUACAAGCUGUACGGCGGUAGAGCGCUCAUCAAGCUCCUUCUCCGCGUUCCAUCUAGUGGAAUGGAAUACACCCUUGGUCCGGCAACGCUAGACACUCAGGUUUACAAAGAAAGCACUGCUUCAACAGGUGCCAAGGAGGUUAAUGAUGACAGUACACGUGCCGCUAUAGCUGCAGCCCUAGGCUCUGUGAAAAAGGACGCUGCAAGCAAGGACCGGACGCAGUCGUCAUCUUCUACAUUGAUCACUAAAACUAAGCUGGCGCAACACCUAGAUAUAAAGGUCCGCGAUAGCUUAGAAAUAGAGCGUCAACUAGAGAAGUAUUCUGCUUUUGAUAUAGAUGAUACGACACAGACACAAUCAGCAGACGAGUCUCUUGAUAGAAAAACAUACAAGAUUAUUCUGAGUGUAGACGUGUUCUUGACUCAGCAAAACCUGGACUUGAGCGAUGAUGUAGUACAGGCUGCCAAAAACUCUUCUUCGGGGCUGAGCAUCUCUACAGAAAAGUUAACCCCCUCCCAAGUACCGUCCAGUAUAUUUGAUGAGUUCAUCAAAUCCUUGAUAAGCAAUGUAGGUCGUCGCGGAGAGUCGCAGAUGGUAUACUACCUUCUUCGAGGAGUCUUCUUAUUGGCCUUACAGAUCAAUCCCAUACUCGCGCUAAAGUCAAUAACGUUCAUGGAGGCCCUGCAGUUUUGCAAGGUCAACAACGGGGUGAACCCAGACAUAAUCUCCAGCAAUAUACUUGAUGCCCAUUUGCGUGAGUUCUUCGCCAUUUAUAACAUCUCGUCUCUCGAGCAUGUCUGGAUUGAACCAACAUACUCCUUCUUCGUGGUCAGUUCCCUUGCGCAUCUGCAGCACGUAGACUCUCUUAAGGUCAUUCAUGGCUUGUCGUCCUUGGGCCAUGCUGGAAACAUUUCUUUACGGUUAUUUACACCAGCUGAGCUAGUUACUCUCUGCCUUUUAGCUAGCGAGCGUCACAAAUUGGGUGUCGUCAUAGAUACUAGUACACUAAUUAGUAUAGCGUCUCGCAAUUUAGCCAUCCUCCUUAUUGCGGACAUGCCUACCCCAAUUGGUAUGAAGCUCCCGGAAAGCCCGGUGCUAAGGCACUUUGCAACAGACAUCAGUGCUAUCUCAAUGCAGUCUGGGACAGAAGACACGGCUGCUGCUCAUGGUUCUUCGUCUAUGUCUCGUGCAGUGAGCUUCUCUAUUGCUAACACAUCUUUGGUACGGAAGUCUGUCUUGAGUAGUAUUCCCCUGCUCUUACUCUCGGAGAAUCAGCGCUACUUUUCGCUAAAUCGCAACUAUUUUACACUAGCAGCUGGAUACAAACAGGACAUUGCCGGCCUCGAUGCACAGGGCAAGAGGUAUCGAGGAGUCCGCUACAUUCAUAUUCUAGCUACUACAGAGGCGGUCGCAGCAGCUACACUGCAUGUCUAUUUAUUUGUCACCGCCAAUCUUCUUCCGGACUCGAUUUUUCUGACCUUUGAAAGGUUCGCAGAGCUCUCAAAACUACUGUACGAGCAGCGUGUGAGAUACUACACUGCAUUUCUACAUUCUUGUGAUAUUCUUUUGCAAACAAUCAAGUUGCUAAACACGGGAAUCUAUUGCCAAAUGUUUUCUCCAACGAUACGCGAAAAUAUCAUAGCGUACAAAGAUAAUUUAACACUUCUGAAGAACUAUCUCUAUCCUUAUUACAAACGUGCACUUGUGUUACUUCGCAACGCCCCCUGUGACUGCCCUGCAGCUGUAGCACGUGUAUAUGCCGGAUCACUCCGUAAGGACGCAAUCGCCUCUGAUGAAGCAUUUGAAACAGCUCUUUCUCAACAUCUUAAGACAACUGGAUUUGAUAGGCUAUCAAUUAUUCAUAAUGCAGGAACUGGGGGCUUUGCAGAUACCUUGUUUGGGUCUAGCAAAGCGGGUCUAGAUGUCAUCACAGAUACGUAUCUACGUGACAUCAUAGAUACUAUCACGUGUAUGUUCGAUGAUUGUGAUGUACCGUUUGCUGAGGCUCACCAAUCAAGCGAAGUGUUUAAGGCAAACGCUCCUCCACCAGGAAAGAAUUAUUCAGAGAUACUCAUGGCCCGCAACAGUACACUGCCCUUUAACCUCACCGCCUUUCCAUCUGCCUUUUUAGGGAUCUGUCUAGACUCCUUCUAUCCGCAAUGGGAUGUGGGCGCAGCAUGCUACUUGACGCGGUUCAUCUUCUUUGCAAACGCUACGGUGCUACAAGAAAUACUAAGCCUGAUCCUUGCAAUUUCUCUGGGGACACGUUUGUGUUUCAUUGAAAAGGCUCUCGCACUUCCGCUUGCUAUCGCUUCUGAGCUCCACUUCAUUACAACGACUCCUCAGGAAUAUGAAGAGCGCAAGGAAGAGCUAGCAGCAUGCCGCGGAAACGAUGGGCGGUACACUCUGGAAAGCCUUGUCGGGAUCAUUUAUUGGAUAAAUGCAGCACAGAACGUUGCCACAUUCAACUUGGAGCUGGCCAAGGCCUUCUCCCAAGACAAGGCGAUAGGGUUUACAAACGUGCUCUUUGAAAAUAUCACUCAAAUUAACGUGCAUCAGACGAACGCCCAUGAAAGCGAAAUCUCCGUCCUCAACAUGCGCACUCUCAUGGCGCUCUUCAAGUUAGUUGGAUCUCGUGUGUCAGACAAGAAGUCCCCCAUUAAAUUGAACGGCAUAUCUAUCACCCCCGUGCGUCCUCUUCAUGAAUACAGGUACUAUAUUGGUCUAUCUCAGGGGACAAAGUUCAGCUCAAUUGUGGCCUCUGGGAUCAUGAGCUUUGAAGUGAUUAACUCUUCUAUCUUGAUCCAGCCAAAGUAUUCCAAUAUCAAUCUAUAUCUAAAAUAUUUAGAACUACAGACUCCAAGUGCUCUUGAACUACAAGUGGUACAAACAUACAGUUUUACAGAAGCUCACCUGCAGAACGUUCUCUUGUAUCUCACCACUCCACUGGAGAAGACGCGACCAAUGAUGGGACAUCGUCUUCUUUUUUCCACAGCUGAUCUCAUGAGAUUGCUGAAGAGAAGCAGUGAAAUCAACAGUAAGUUUGUCAUUGAGAAGCAUGGGACCCAUCUGAAAAAGGCAAUCAUGAAUCCAGGGACAUUCGUUCACCUGCUGGAUGAGAAUGAAGACGAUGUCUCCUCCGGUCAAAGGUUAGGCAAGCAGCGAAGAAACUGUCUGAACCACGAUACUUGUGAUGAGAUGACGUUCCUUCUGACCACACCCGUUUCAUAUUUUGACUUAGAGUUGGCUAUGCGCCUCUGUGAGCGAUCUAUUGCUCUUGCAAACUUUCGGCUACAGCUUGAGCAUGAGGCGACUGAACUAGCAUCUAAAGCAGAGUUUGCCAAGCAUUGUGCAAGGGGCAUGGUUUCCAUUCUCAUCAUAUGCCAGAAGCUGAGCUGUGUGAUGCCUACCUUAGCACGAAUCUUCACCGAUCAUUUCUUUGCGCACUUCUUCCUGUACCUAGAUGAGCAACUGGAAACGCCUCAGUGGAAGGGUGUACCUCUUUCCCACGUAAUAUCCCAUAUUCUUCUUCCUUAUAUUAACGCCAGAGUAUACCGAAUGGUUCCAAAGGCCUGGGGAAUGCCUGUCUGCGACUUGAUGAGCCUUAUCUUUUCGUGUGCUCUCAGCGAAUGUUCCAUAGAUAACCUAUUUCUUCUCAGGUUCAUUUUAAGCUCGGAUUUGCGAGAAAAGGCUAUUCGAGUUAGCCCAUUCUAUAACAUCCACGACGAGCGGUGUCAGCGAGCCAGAGACCUCAUGGAUACAGCACCAUUUUCAUUUCAGGCAUCCAUAGCAACUAAUUAUACAUGGAGGAACAUCUCACUACUUUACCCCCAUUCAGAGCGAGUACUCUCGUGGCUGGACUACUUCACAAGCAACAACUUUAUGUUUGUCAGUCUAGUGACAAGCUUAGAUCCAUACAAAAUGAUACUUGGCCAUUACAUCUUCAAGGAAUCUCAGAAGGCUCAUGCAUCCACCACAGAUAAGACUGGUAAUGUAUCCGAGCAGUCCUACAUCACGCCUCUGUUUACGGAAGAGUGUGAGAAUAUAUACCAUAGCAAUGCGGAGCUCCCUCUUCCUACUGACUUGCAGGUUCCAUGCUAUAAUAACGUGCUCCAGUCGUUGGUCUUUAGCUUAUCAAUCACACAGUUACAUUUGUCUCAAAACUUCAAGCUUUUUGGCACAGCCAAUAGGUUAUGUAGCUUCAGAAACGAAAUACAACAUAGAGAUACCAUCCUCAAAGAAGCACACGAAGCAUAUUGUAAAAACCAAAACCUCAUUCCUGAAUUGACGUAUCCAGCAGUGAUAGGGAUAGUCUGGUACAUCAUAAUGGUGUGUGGAUACAUUCCCGAUAUAGCAACCAUAGGGAAAAGUUCCCACACCUACGAUCCCGCUCAUUGCAUUAAGCCUAUGCUCACUACAGACACACGCUACGAGCGGAAGAUGUCGUCAAGGAGUUAUGCCGAUGGAAUAGGCUCUUGCACUCUUGUUAUCUUCUAUGAGGAAGGUAUGAGCAUACUGGACCUUGUCAUUGACAGGUUGGAACGUAGUCUCUUCGAUGAGCUCAAGUUGGCUCCAUGCGUAAUAACGUCUAGGCCGACCGAGGAUGAUUUCCGAACAAAAACGGUUAUUGUUGAUGCUUCUAUUGACACAAAGGAAACAAUUGACAGGCUCAUAACGAUGUAUAACAAAGGAUGGAGGGCAGCAAGCCUACUGAUUGUGCUGAUUCCCGUCCACGUAGGCCAAUUCUAUGCCGAGGAAGCUAUAUCUCGUAAGGAGCAGCGCUCAAGGCUCUUAGAAAAUGAAGCAGACACCCACCAUAUGGCCGCCAGCAAUCCCCAGGUGCAAUACAAUAGUCUCAGCUAUUCGUUGGGAGUAUUUAUGUCUAUAUCUAAUGGCUCUCGUUACUAUAUAGAAGGCCCAAAGACACUUUCAGACGCUGUGGUGUAUCUAGUGACAAUCUCCCUGUGCGUCUUUAAAAAGCACGAUUUGGACCUUUCCAGCCUAAAUAGCAAGAGUUUUGCGCUAUACUGCUCGCUACUACUUCAGAAUGCACUGCUGAAAAGCGAUCGUGGACGUAUGUAUUCAGACUCAAGAUUUCUAACGUCUCUGCUACAUCUUAUUGGGAUGAAAAAGGCUGAAGGAAUGCUUUCCUUGUCAUCGCAGCUUAUAUCAGAGUAUAUACUUGCUGCUAGGAGCCAAGAUGAAGCCUCUAUCAGCGCAAAGAAAGCUGGUAAUGUGUCACCGGCUUUGGACAUUCAUCAGUCAGAUCGGGAAGCCCACCUAUCCAUAUAUUGCAACUUUUUUGGCCCGCAUCCAGCAAUCUCGGGCCCAACAGUGGCAUUUUUAAGCACUUACUACAGUCACAAUGUUCCUAAAAUGCUCUUCGGUAUGCCCUGUAAGUGGCUUGCAGAUGCGUCCUCUGUGCAUCUCAUACUAGAUGGCAAAUUUGACCAGGCAUCGCUUGCAUUGACUAUUGCCAGGGCUAGGUUAGGACGGGCAUCAGUUGAGGCUGACACCAGUGAGAUCGAGGACAUCCUUCUAGAUAUUAGAAACGCACAGUGCGAUGAAUCAUCAGAGGCCCUUAGCUCCCUGUCUAUGUCAAGCGUAGGUAGUACCAGCUCUGCACUAUCAACUCAAAACACGCAUACAAGCGAGGGGACAAGUGUUCUUACCAGACAGGCCUUAAACGAUGAUGCCACACUGCUGGAGAAUAGGCUUGAAGUUACUGCCACCGAGCUGACGAAGAUUGUACCUAGAACCAGGCAGAUUGAAAAGGUGUCCUGUGAUAGCAAGACAGCGUCCUUCCUUAGGCUUCCCAAUGAAGAGGGGGCAUUGGCCAUCGAGCGCAUAUUGAAGACGAUUAAGCGGUAUGAGCAUAACAUCAUUUUAAAGGACAGUUCUCAGAAGGAAAGGUCCCCAGCUGAGGCAGAGCGGCUAACGCAACUAACGGCUAGCGAUCUUUCAUCUCUUGAAGCGCUCAAAUACCAAGUCUUUAAUAUGGUGCCUAUCACAUACGACAAUUCCCUCUGUAAUAGAAUGUACCGGGAGAUCUUUACUAUUGGUCUUUCCCAGGAGGUAAUGACAUACCUAGAUGGCCAUCCCGUGUAUAAGAAUAUGUUUGCAGACACUACUAUUCAACAAGAAGAGGCAGACUUGCUGAAGAGCAUUAGGACAAUCUUGUAUCUUUCAGAUGGCUACUGUCAGACCAGGAGAACCACCCUUCCCUACUUCAGAACAUCCCUCACAGAGCGUGCGCCCGUCUUUAAGAUAUAUAGCGACAUGUAUUGGGAGCUUAGGGUAGAUAUCUACCAAUCCGUGUUAGGGAACAUUCUCAAAUGGGCAAUGCUCCUCCACCAGUCAACUGGGAAAGGCAGGGACAGAGAACGGAAGACCUUUGUGCUACUGGCCAGCAGACCAACCGCAAUCCAACAAUAUAAAAUAGAUUGCCAGAAUAAUCUUGUCUUUUCAAUUAACGUUGCCAAAAAGAAAAAACUUGAUAAGAAAGCGCGUGAGAAACCAAGCACCGAUUUAUUCAUGAUAAAGCUAACUGGCUUCCGACUGUUCAAUAUCGCUUACGACCCUAUAGAGGACACCGUCGCUGACGCUACACCAGAGUCUGUUCUUGGCUAUACUCAAUCAUAUACUUUCUACGCUGUCUUGGUAGACACUGAUUACUGUGAGCAUAACAACAGUUGCCUGAAUAGAAGCGACCUCAAAACAGCACUGGACAUGUAUAAAUCUGGCCUAGUUGGAACAACUACUGAAAUGGGAGAUGCAAAUAAGACAGGCGAUGCAUUGGACGCAGAAGACGGGAUUGACGAUCUGAUAGGGAUAGAUGGAGCAUCGUACUGCUCAGCAGAAGAAAAUGAGCAUGCAACGUGCUUCGUGUCCAUUCCAGUAAUCAUCGAGGGCACCAUCAGUGGGAUGCAGUUGUUCCUAAGAAACAAAACAGGCCUCCAACCUCUUGACGUCUCCAUUAAGGGGGCAUACUGCAGUACAGGCUAUCUCUACUGA